CGUUAGCAGACUCCUGGAAUGCAGAGCUUGCUCAGUGGAUUAUUCCUCGGGUGUGUCUCUGUAGUGCGGUUGCUUUGAUUCCUCCGAGGGACUCUAUCUGCGGAGAAAAGUAAGAUGAAGGGAGACUAAGUGUAGUGAAAAGAAAGAGAGAAAGGUCCUUAGUUAUAGAGGUGGCUUGAAUAUCACCUGUUUCUGAAACAAGAAACUGAGCAGAGAGGACUCCAUUCACUUGGAAGGAGACAAUUCACAAGCUAAAUGCAAGAGGAUGGAAAUGGACCUGGAAUAUUCUAACAGGUUGGAUCCCACCGAGUCGGUCACCCAAGUGGCCAUCAUGGGCAACACGGGCAGUCACCAAGGGGAUUUGCUUGCUAACCAGACAUCCACCACCAAGUCCACACCACUGUCCUUUGAAUCCUGCCAGCUGGCCCCUCUGGUGCUGUUUCUUCUAGUGGUGGCCUACGCUCUCGUGGUACUCGUGGGGCUUCUGGGCAACCUGUCCCUCAUCAUCAUUAUCACGAGGAAACAGAAGGAAACCCAGAAUGUGACCAACGCUCUGAUCGCCAAUCUCUCCCUUUCGGACAUCCUGAUGUGCGUCGUGUGCAUCCCUUUCACCAUGGUCUACACCUUGAUGGACCACUGGAUCUUUGGGGACGCCAUGUGCAAGGUCACCGCCUAUGCCCAGAGUGUGUCCGUCACCGUGUCCAUUUUCUCCCUCGUCUUAAUUGCCAUCGAACGACACCAACUGAUCGUUAACCCCCGGGGCUGGAAGCCCAACAUGUCCCAGGCCUGUUGUGGCCUGCUGCUGGCUUGGAUCUUCUCCCUUCUCAUGUCCGUGCCAUUUUUCCUCUUCUCCCAGCUGACCGACGAACCCUUCCGCAACAUCUCUCUCCCCGGCGACCCCUUCCGCCACCGGGCGGCGUGUGUUGAGGAGUGGCCGUCCAGGCAGGGUCGGCUGGUGUUCACCACCUCCCUGCUCGGCGUACAGUACUGCGUCCCCUGGGGCUUCAUCUCCGUCUGCUACCUGAAGAUCCUGCUGUGCCUGCGGAAGAGGCAUGGCAAGGUGGAGCGGGUCAGGGAGCAGGAGAGCAGGCGAGUCAACUCAAUGCUGAUCUCGAUCGUGGUGACCUUCGGGGCCUGCUGGCUGCCUCUGAACAUCUUCAACAUCAUCUUCGACUGGAACCACGAAAUCCUGCUCCACUGCCACCACGACCUUGUGUUCAUCUUGUGCCAUCUGGCAGCUAUGACAUCCACCUGCAUCAACCCUCUCUUCUACGGGUUUCUGAACAAGAAUUUCCAGAAGGACCUCAUGGACCUGCUUCAUCUCUGCCGGUGCUUUGCUCCUCGAGACCACUAUGACAGCAUCGCCAUCUCCACCUUGCCCACGGAAGAGUCCAAAGUGUCCGUGAAAUUCAUCCCUUCCCAGGAGAGCAUCUGACACCACCCCCGUCGGACAUCCACCCUGGAAUCGCUGAUUUGGGCCAGUAGAGAGGUCCUCCUGCAGGACUCUUGGGAAGAUGAAAACCUAGAAAUGUUGUUUGGCCAUCUUGGCCCAAAGCCUCAAAUCAGCCUGGAAAAUGAACGUUAGCGUGAUCCUCGGAACCUGUUGUGGGAGAAACUACUAACCUGUGCUUCAUGUUGGCAAAAAGAAAGUCAGUCCACAGAGGCAGAAAGAAGCUUCAUGUGACCUGUCUCUGCCCUCCUCUGCAAGUUCAUCUCACCCGGUACUGACGCACAAGUCAGUCCACAAAGAUGCAAGUUUGGGCAAAUGAGAAGCAUACCAGUUACAGAGGCCCACUUAGGGCACACCCUCAGCCCAGAUGCUCCCAGGGACUCGAGGCAGAAAAUGACUUCAGGAGUCAAAAUGUGACCCAUAAAGAUGGAGCAGUGAGCUCAGCCUCAGCGGAGGAAUUCUGGGAGCUGGGACAGUGCUGCAGGUUGGUGGGACCAUCAGGAGGAGAGACUUGGCCAGACCCACUUCCAAUGGGGAGGGUGUCAUGUGUGUGUGUUUGUGUGUACAUCCACACACCCUUUCUCUUUCUUUUUCUCUGGGCCAUCCAGAAGCUUGGACAAUAAAGGCUGACCCAGUCCCUGACACCCUUAGAUAUAACAAACUGCUUAAGCUCCAGGGCAUGUCUACCUAGUCAGUCAAGGGCACAACAGCAAAGAAAGCUCCAUCUUCAGACAUCACCUCGUUUCAUUUUCUUCACUCACCAGAUUUGGGCCAAACUCCACUGAAAGACAGACCUUGGCUGCCUCGAGUUUAGAUUAAUCAUGAAAGCAGCCAGGCCGCAGCAGCCAGCCCUGCAUUUGAAAACAUGUUCAAGUGAAUGAGCCCUGGCUUUUGGAGAGUGCCCUGUGGGCUGGGGUGUGAGGGGAAAAAGUGGGGCCCUGCUGUGUUGAAAGGGUUUGCCCUAGUGGUGACUGUGCCCGUGAGUCACAUGGCCCAACCUGGGGGCAUUUAAGCCCCCAAGAAGCAGAAACGGUUGUUCUUUCUCCGUGCAGCCUUGCCUCGUUGCCACUGAAGGCGAAGCUCCCUCUCCAUGGCUGAGCCCAGGUGUUCAAUGAGAAGCGUCCGUCGGCAACGGCCAAACCCGUCACAAUGGGCAGUUUGUUCUUCUCCUAGCUGGCCAAGGCUGGAGGCUUUCCCGGCAUUUCUAUGAUGACUCACAGAAACAAUGCUCCCACCAUCCACCCCUCUGCCUUCCCCAUCCUGAAGCCCUUCAGGAGGCACUCAAGGGUGCCCCUACAGUAAACCAUUUCUGAUGGCAGAAAUCAGAUUUUCAUCAUGGCUAAAACUCUGCAGCUUUGAGCGGGUGUCCCAUUUUAAUCCGCCUGUCCUCUGUGUUCACACAGCAGUCGUUAUUAUAUUUCUGGAUUCAGUGCUAAGCUUCAAUAAUGUGGCUUAAUGGAAAUAUGAUUGAAUGAAAGAGCAUGGGCUUAGGGGUCAGAGGACAAGAGGUCUAAUCCCCGGUUACCUCAUCUGUAAAGUGGGGAUAAAGAUUGCUAGCCCCACGUGAGGAAACCUUAUUACCUUUUAUCUACCCCAGCGCUUAGAACAGUGCUUGGCACAUAGUAAGUGCUUAACAAAUCCCACUGUACUUUUCUUUUUCAAUGGGAGCCAAUGACUGGUUCCCAGGCUAUGGGGUCAGGAGCCCCGGCAGGGCACCACAUUGCGAACCAGAAAUAUCUAUCUCUACUCGUGUCCAGGCUGGACCCAAAGCUGACUGGGACUUAUCCGAUGUCACUCAGCACAGAGACUUAAAGAGGAAACUGCAGUUACAGUACAGAAUAACGGCUUCUGGUUCUUCUAAAUCGCUGCCAUUGUUAGCAUCAGGGUUGGAGCCUUCUACAGUCCCGACAGUCCUUUCACCACAGGUAUGGACACGAGGUUAGGGGAAUGACCUCUGACUAACAUAUUAAAUGGACACGUCCUCUGUAGAGUGUUGUUAUUAAAUGAGACUGUCUCGUCACGGGUCCCGGACAGAACGAUUUCCACUGGAACUGAAAUGAGGUAAAAAUGCUUCUGCUGUUUAGGUAGCUCUGUAAAACUUGCAGGUCACAUUGUUAGGAAGCCCAAAAGAGGCUGCUCGGAGCCCAGAGUUAGCCCACGCUCCCUUUAUUGGUGAUAUUUAACACUGUACUUGGUGCCACCUGUGGUUCCUCCAAAAGGAAUAUUGUAAAGCAAAAGAUGAGGUCCUGAAGUUAACAUCACUGAAUGGUAACGAGUUGAAGUUAGCAAAUUGAAUGCUAAAGCACACCUUCAACUGUUCUUUCUACCAGCUGAAACAGGUUCAAAGCUCCCAAAGGAUAAAACCAGAAAAUCAUUUUCGUAAAGGUCUUGGAGGAGAGGUUGAAACUUGAAUGCCGUGGCUGUCCUUCUGGAGAGAAUUUGCUCUCGUCACCUUCCCCCUCUUAACUGUAAUUCUGUUGUAGGCUGGGAAUGUGUCUGGUAAUUCUGUUGUAUUGUACUCUCCCAAGCGCUUAGUACAGUGCUCUGUGCAUAGUAAGCACUCAAUAAAUACCAUUGAUUGAUGGGUAACAUUAAUGAAAGCUUGCUCUUUCCACAUCAAGAGAUAAAUGUGUAUUUACUCAGCUUAAUCUAUUUCCAAAUGUUAUAGGCCCCUCCAGGAGCCCGUUUGCACUAUAGCACCAGGCUCCGUGGUGUGGGAGGUGCUAAUAUAAAUAGCAUCUUGCUUUCCUGCACCCUUUGUACUGUUCCCUAGCUCAGCCCAAGCACUCCAUGCACAUGCUCCCUCUAUAUACUCAUGCAGUCCCCUCCCUGAUGGUUUUGAGUCCUGAGGAUGGGGCAAGGGUCUCAUAGAGGAAGAGGAGGAGGAGGAGAAGAGAGCCUUUUAAUGGUGGUAGAGACUUGUGUCCCCAAUGGUGACAAUUGGGGCCCCUCCACUCCCUUCAAGUCCCUGCCUCUCCCUGCUUCACCUCCCUAGAGGCUACUACUCUCACCCCUAGAGACAUGGCCCUUAGGAUUCCUGGUCACACCUGGGUUUGGUCUGGUCUCUACAAGUGAGGCCAGUGAGCAGAGUGGAUUAAACGUGUGAGUUCAGUGCCUCGGACUCCCCUCUCCAUGCCUUCCCAAUUUCUCAUCCAGGGAGUCACCAGGGAGGGUGGGAGGCCUGAGGAAUCCAGAAUGGACAGCCCAGCUCCAUCAGCUGUUUCUCCGUCCUAUUUGCUGUUGGAAAAGAGGGCAGAGUUGACGGGGGAAGGCCGGGAGGAGGGGGCGGGGGGAUUAGCAG